AUGAUGAUGAUCCAAGAAAUGAAAAGGUGUUUGCCUGAAGAGAAAAGGAGCUCCAGCAAGCCCAGUACCAUCAGUGCUCUCAACUACGCCUUGCAGUGUGUCCAACAGAUCCAAGCAAACAACGACUUUUUCCAGGCUCUGAAUGACCGAAGAGUGUUUCAGACAGAUGCGAUAACAUACAGCAUUGAAGAGUUGGUGGCAGUUGCAUCUGAACACACUCCAAAAAACACUGACACGUUUGUGGCUGUGUUUUCCUUGCUUUCUGGACGCAUAGUACAUAUUUCUGAGCAGGCAGCAUCCAUUCUAAACUGUAAGAAGAAAGUGUUGGACUCCUCCCGGUUUGUAGAGCUGCUUGUCCCUCAAGAUGUGAGUGUGUUCUACACACACACUGAUCAGUCCCACCUGCCGCUUUGGAACAUGGAAAGUCAAACAGCUUCUCUGUAUGAAUAUGCCCAGGUGAAAUCCUUCUUCUGCAGGAUCAGGGGUGGUAAAGAUCAAGAACAAGAAACACGUUGUUACCCCUUCCGAAUCACCCCGUACUUGGUACAUGUGUGUUCUUCUGUCCAUGUGGAUGCAGAAUCCUGCUGUUUAGCUUUGGCUGAGAAAAUUCACUCUGGAUAUGAAGCUCCUCGAAUUCCUACGGAUAAAAGAAUCUUCACCACCACUCACACCCCUGGAUGUGUUUUUCUUGAGAUAGAUGACAGAGCAGUGCCUUUGUUGGGUUACUUACCUCAAGAUUUAAUUGGAACAUCCAUCCUGAUGUAUUUGCACCCAGAAGAUCGUUCUUUGAUGAUUGCUGUUCACCGGAAAAUCCUGAAAUUUGCUGGCCAACCCCCUUUUGAACAUUUACCUAUUAGAUUUUGUACUCAAAAUGGGGAUUAUGUCAUAUUGGAUACCAGCUGGUCCAGUUUUGUGAAUCCUUGGAGCAGAAAAGUAGUGUUCAUCAUUGGCCGACACAAAGUCCGGACAAGCCCUCUGAAUGAAGAUGUCUUUGCUGCAAGAAGUAAAGAAAUGAGCAGUGUUGAGAAAGAGAUAAGAGAAUUGCAAGGGCAAAUUUACAAGCUGCUUUUGCAGCCAGUUCACAGCAAUGUUUCCAGUGGUUAUGGAAGCCUUGGAAGCAAUGGCUCUUACGAGCAUUACAUCAGUAUAGCAUCUUCAAGUGACUCCAAUGGGAAUUGUGCAGAGGAAAUGCAGGAACCAAUGACAUUGCAACAAGUUUGUGCAGAUGUCAACCGAAUAAAGAAUUUGGGACAGCAGCUGUAUAUUGCGUCAAGGAGCAAGCCACAGUAUGGAAAUGAACAGGCUGUGAGCUCAGAAAUGCUGGGAGGGAAGAGGCACACUGCUUCCUGUUUUCGUCAGUCAUUGAGAAGUGAUAGCACAGAAGAACCAGGCAACACAUUUUAUGAUGAUUCAAAGACGACUCCACGUGUUCCUUCCUAUCAGCAGAUCAAUUGUGUUGAUAGUAUCAUCAGAUAUUUAGAGAGCUGCAGUAUCCCAGCAUUGAAAAGGAAAUGUAAAUCUUCUGCAAAUACAUCAUCAUCAUCUUCAGAAGAUGACAAGCAAGUCCAGCAAAGUCAGCGGGAAGUCGAGGCAUUGGAAGUUAAUUCCCAAACUCCAAUGUCUGCUGAUCGGGAAGAGACGCUGAAAGGCCAGACAAAUGCAGGCAUGGUGGGAGCUCCUCUGGCAGACCUGACCCUGUCCAACAAGGCUCCAAGUGUGGUGUCUGUCACCAGCCAGUGCAGUUACAGCAGCACUAUAGUGCAUGUCCCACACCCUGAAUCAGAGGUGACUACAAUGGAGGAUACUGCUGUUGGAAGUGAACAAAUUGAGCUGCUUCCUGUGAAUGCUCAGAGUCUCACUAUGGUACCUGAGGACUUAAAGCCAGUUGGGCUAACAAAAGAGACGUUGUCAGCCCACACUCAAAAGGAGGAGCAGAACUACGUUGACAAGUUCCGCCAGAGGAUCUUGCUCUCUCCGUUUAGGACUUACCUUCGGCAGGGGAGCAGAAGUAACAACAGACGUUCCUGUGGCCCAGGAGAUUCCCCUUCAAAGCAGAUGAGCCCAGCCAGCCGUAAAAAAGGCAAACAUGGAAAAUUCAAGCGCCAGAAACCUCAGAGACAGUCCUCAGAUAGCCACUCUUCUAGUAAAAAUAGAAAUAGUCUUCCAUGUGAGAAGAGAACAAUUCAGAAACAGUCAUUCUCUCCCUCAGAAGUGUCCUAUCUGAGCUCCUCCAGUAUGAAUGUCCUUCCUCCUAUGGGAUUGCCUGUCUAUUCGGAUCCACUGUCUAGUUUUCCAGCCUCUUCUGUAGGAGAGGAGCUUGCCCUUCACUCCUUAAAACCUGAGUCCAUGUCACCAUCACAACUAUGCUGUGAAGCACAGUCAUGCCCAGCACUUUAUCCCCCAAACAUAGGCAUGUUUAUGGCUGUAUUUUUUCAGAGUUUCCCCAUGUAUGCUCAGAUGCCUCCAUAUGUCUUUCUUCCUAGCCCUCAGUAUGUUUAUCCCCCCUCUUCAUAUCCCUGCACUACACUACCUCCAGCCCCCCCUCUUUCUGCCCCGUCACCAAUAGUACUGCACUCUGUGAAUCAGCCCUUUCGAGCCUCUUCUGCCACAUCCAUGGAGGACCAGCAAGAGGGCCAGCGUGACCAGGCCCUACUGCUGAGUAGCUCACGGAGCAGCUCCCCACUUCAGCUGAAUUUGCUUCAAGAAGAGCUGCCAAAACCGAUGGAGCUUUCCAUUAGUACUGAUGUUAAAGCACGUGCAGAAGCUCAAUGUGACAAUGAUCCAGAAGACAGUGGUAACAGUGCUAGCCAUUGUGCUUCUAGUGAAUUUACUGACCGCUUGCUGUACAAGGACUCCCAGCUGGGUACAGGUUCAGCAGCAUCAGGCAGUGGAUCAGCUUUAUCUGGUUCUUUAGGCUCUGGCUCCAAGGAGACUUCUGCUUGUGGCACAGAGAAGAAUCAGGAAGCAGAAGAAAAAGGGGCAGCUCAUAAAUCCAAACAUGAGUCAGCCUGGGUGAUGAUGGAUCACACACCUGAGCGAGUUCUAAUGACUUACCAAAUGCCUAACAGAAUUAAAGAGGAAGUUUUAAAGGAGGAUCUGGAGAAGCUGAUGGUCAUGCGAAAGCAGCAGCCUUGGUUUACAGAUGGGCAAAAGAAGGAGCUUGCGGAGGUGCAUACGUGGAUCAGGACCCAGACUGUCCCACUGCAAAUCAGCACCCAAGGCUGUGUUACAUGUGACAUCAGGGAAGUGAGUUGUGAGGCUGCAAUAGCUGAUGACAAUAUGGAAAACAAGGGAAAAUCACCUCCACUCCUGCAACACUGAAGGCAUCAGCACUUGUGUUAGUAAAACUGCAUGGUGUAAUUCCCAUUG